UUUUUUUGUAGACACUUAACACAUUUGUAACAGAUAUUGCAGUUUUUGUAAUAGUUCUGAUUUUUUUUUCUCCACUUCUUCGAAAAUGGGAGUAGCUUGGGUCUUCGAAACAAAUCAAGGAGAACGAGCGAUUGAAUUAAUAUUCGAGCAGGCCGGUUCUGUUUUACCUCCAUCAACUAGCAAACAUUUUCGAGUUAAUUGUAUUUGGUAUCGGCCACAACAACACAUUGCUGCUUUGAUAAGCGGUUUUUACGUUAUUCAUCAUUCAAAUUUUCCUGAUAGUGCUUUUAUCAUAAAUGCAAAUAAGCCUGAUUCUCGACCGUCGUCUGAAACUGGGAGCGCAGAAAGACCAACGACAUCUCGAUCACCGGCAGCACCACGUGCUACCGCUGACAAAGGCUUUGAACUACAACUAGAUAAAUUUCAAAGUGCUGGUCUAACAGUUGAACCGGCAAAGUUUGAAGUUGUUGGGAAUGAGUACCAUCUAAAAGACUUUCGUCUUCGAGUUGGGACAGUGACUUUAGGCUCUUCUGGCACCAUUGUUGAAAUUGAAUACGCCGCUUCCAAUAUUGUCAUGCAAUGCCAAUCACUUUUGCAAGAAAUUAUUGACCUUUUCUUUCCCGACCACGGUUUAAAAACCCCAGAAAUUUUCCAGAAGCAAUGUUCUCAACCAGAUAAUUAUACUGCUAUUGAUACAGCCCAACAAUAUCUAGAUAUAUUUUCUGUUAUGCGUAAACGAUCUUAA